GUCAAAAACCGCUCGUACCGCAACAAAAGUCAAAACAUUCUCACACAUUUGAAAUGCAGCAAUUUCGCACAAAAUUCCAAAAUGUGCCGAAAAACGUUCUUACUUGGUUUCCGGGGCACAUGGGACGCAGUCUGAAGGUCAUGCAGCAAAAGCUCAAACAAGUAGAUUGCAUAAUCGAAGUCCAUGACGCCCGAAUUCCGUUCAGCGGGCGCAAUGAAGAGUUCAAAUACACAAUUCGCGGCGUAAAACCUCACAUAAUGGUCUUCAACAAGAAGGAUUUGAUCGAAAAUCGACAUUUUCGGGCAAUUUCGAGGCAAAUUCAGCAAGAAGACGGCUUGAAUGACGUUCUUUUCACGAAUUGUCGAGACCAAAAGUGCGAAGGAAUUAAAAGAUUGCUGCCGUUGGCCACGAAAUUGAUUAGCGAGAGUGACAGAUUCAACAGAAGCAACGAAAAAGACUUUAAUAUUAUGAUAAUUGGAGUGCCGAAUGUCGGCAAAAGUAGUUUAAUUAACGUUUUAAGGAAUCGCCAUCUGAAAAAAACGGGGGCGGCUGCUGUCGGAGCUGUUGCGGGCAUCACAAGAAGCGUUUUGAACAAAAUUAAGAUCUCCGAAACGCCAAAAGUUUAUUUGCUCGAUACGCCGGGGAUUUUGAUGCCGAGUAUUUCGGAUACGGAACAAGGAUUGAAGCUCGCGUUGUGUGCCUGUACCCAAGAUCAUCUCGUUGGCGACGAAUUAAUUGCGGAUUAUUUGCUUUUUCGACUCAAUUUGGUGCAGAAUUUCGAUUAUGUCGAGUUGAUGAAUCUUGAGGCGCCAACGGAUGACAUUACGGAGUGUCUUGUUGCGUGGUGUCGAAAACAUGAGAAAUACCAAAAAGUUAGAUCGGCGGAAAAAGCGGGAUUUGUUCUUAGACCGAAUACGAAAGUUGCGGCGCAAUUUAUGUUGAAGCAGUUUCGAACGGGAGUUUUAGGGAGAAUUUUUCUUGAUGAGAAUUUGUUAGUGCAAAGUUAAUAAAAAAAAUAGUUAGUUUUAGAAUUUUAA